AUGCCUGGUGUACAACAUCUUAUCGAUUUCGUGCUGAACGAAGUCGCACUCUGCGGCAAUCAAGGCGCAACGUUAUCCGAUCUACUUCAAGCCAUUGAUGAUUUCCAUACUCAAUCUUCGGAUGGGACUGAAAUAAACCAAAAAAUUGACCGUCGUUUCAAAGAGAAGGUCUGGUCCUGGCUCACGAGUAACCCAGAGGUGUCUAUUGGCCAGCAUAAUGCAUGGAACCAUCUCACAUUGAAUGAAGCUGAGCAGCUUGACUCACAAAAAACUGAGAGUCAUGAUUCCAAUGGCAAUGAUGCUGAGGUCAACCAUAACGGAGACAUCAACCCUAAUCUGCCGCCGCUUCGAAUCUUUGUUUCAGAAGAGAGAGCUUGGCUUGCCAUCACUGGUCAUUCACCAGACGAGUCCAAGGUAUUACCUCUUGAAUUCGCCUUACUAUCGGUGAUUGCUUCACGCAAGUCAAAGGGUAUUGUGCAGCCGGACCUGGUGAAGAUCAGUGGCCAGGACAAACGGUCUGUCCCGAAGCGUACCGAUGCUUUGCAAAGAAAGGGCUACAUUGACAAGCGACCUGUUCAAACAAAAACGGCCCGAACGAGCCUCUGCACGCUGCAGCGAUUCUACCGCCACACUACUAGUGAUCAAACAAAGGAAGAACCGCAAUCGAAGAACAUGAUCGAUUUCGAUAGCUUCACUACCAGCCUGUUCGAUAUCCUUCGAGAGCAUCAAUUGAUUGCACGCAAUGAUUUGAAACGACUCCUGGGCUUCGAUGACCAAUGGCGUUGGAAAGUCUUAUCCCGUGCCCUCCGAAAGUGGGAACGGAUAGGUGUGGUACAACGCGUGAGAGCCGAGUCACAAUACGAAAGAAUGCACCCUUGUGUGAAACUUUUACGAGAUCCUACAAACAAAGAUCUGGACCUUUUCCACGAGUUUAAUUUCGAUGUUUUGAACAAGCAUGGGGUGCGAGCCAAAGGAACCAAGCUUACCCCGGACCAAGAUCAGGACAUGGAGCUGGAGGGGGCGGGCAAAAGGUCGCUUAGUCCCGAGGACGGUGGGAUGGAUCUUAUCAAAGAACAUGCCGGAGAUGCUGCACGCAUCGUACCAUCUUGGACACCGGAUCGUAACAUCUACAACCAGAUCUUUGACAUCGUUGAAAGAACAGGCACAACAGGCAUCACCAACCACACACUCAACUGGACCUGCUUUGGAUCCUUUUACAAGAGACCCGCUGAAAGUAUGGUGCAUCGCUUGGUCGACCUAUGGCAAGUGGCCCAGCCACUCCAUCUCCGCCAUUACGCUAUCGUUCGGGAUAUGGCAAUGAAAAAGACCAUCAUGUAUUAUGUCCACUAUUCGGCAAACCACUUUGCAAAGCUCGCUGAAUCUGGUCGGGCAUCAUGGGAGGCCGUUGAGAUUCCAGUCAAGAAAGCCAAAUCGCUGAAGAUCGAGGCGCCGCCCUUUGGGGUUCUGCCCGAGCUUGAUGAGCAUGGAUUCCCCAAAAAGGGGUUUCCAAAGAAUUUGUUGAAGAAUCCAAGUUCAACCCUACUCGACGGGAUUCUGGCUGUCAAACCGCCCAACUACCUUCUUUCUUCGAGCGAUCCGUUUGUUGUUGAACUUCCUAACGGCCAACAUGUGAUCCGUACACGUACUGAUAAACUCCCGCCUGGCUCCAAGCAUCUAUAUGAGCCCCGCUUCCGGCCCAAGGGACGGCCAAUGGGCAGACUGAACCGCGCGACUGUGGAAAAGCUCGCCAAAUCCAAAGGAUCCAAGCCUAACGAGGCCAAGGAAUCUGAAGAUGGAGAACCCGAAGCUAACGGAUCGGAACUCAGAGAACCGAAAGUCCUGGAAUCUGGAACUGAACUCAAGCUGGAGCUAUACCAAGGUUACGGCUGGGAAUAUGUCGAUGAAUCCCCGCGAGCCAAAAGAGCUAAAAUUAAACAUGAUAGCCUCAGGGGAUUAUCAAAGAAAGAGAAGUUUGAAGCCCUUGGUAUGGAUGAGAGUUGGACUGAAUACAAAGCUCUUGUCAUGGAAAAGCCUGCUCCUGGCGUGUAUGUGACUCCCCCCGGCCGAAGAAGACCAGCUGGCAAGGCCCGAGGUCGACCGAGACAGAGUCGAAUCGCGAUCUUCAAAUCGCCAAAAUUAGCAUCACUCCCCUGGUUUGUCAAGGAUCAAGAUGACUCAAGUGAUGAUGAUAAGGUACGGGAUGCUGCAUCAGAAAGCCUUGCCUCUGAAGCUAUCAACUCCGAUGGGUUUAUGAGCCCCAUCUCAACAACUCCGAGGGGAGUCAAGAGAACCCUACCUGACCAGUUAGCGGACACACCCGCACUUCCCAAACGAUCUCGUCUUCACAAGGUACAAAAUGGAUUCAAUGAAGGACCCUUGGAGGAUGCCAAUGAGAUAUUGCCCAAGGAUGUAGUUCCAGCAUCCCAAGAGUGUUCAAUCAAAAUGAGUACACCGCGCCAUCGCGACAAGAGUGCUAGCGUUCAUCCACUCGAAGACGAGCAAGCUGGGACUCCAUCAAAGCGACCCCGCGUAGCACCAUCCGACCGCAGCGAUAGCAACUACACUACUCUACACUCCCCGACACCUCGAUCCGAUGUUUUGACACCACGAUCAGGCUCAGUGGCCCCCCAGAAAUUCAAUUUCAGCGCUCAUGGCACCAAGCCUGCAAAAAGGCCACGAGCUCGGAACAGAGUCAGUAUCAGAAACAUGGAGAUUCCAGGAGAGGAGGAAUCGGGAUCCCCAAAGUCUUUAUCUACGAGAGGCGGAUCUAUUAGUGUUCUUCGGAGAAAACUCAUCAUGGAAAUUAUGGAAAAGGCUAAUGGUGUAUACCCCGCGGGCACUGCAAUGUGGUAUCCUUUUGUCACUGCAUGGAUGAAGCACCAUCCAAAUGAAAAACCAGACAUGCGAACUGUCACUACUGCAUGCAAGCAAUUGAUUGAUGCUGGCUACCUUCGGCAGUUGACUUUCAGCGGCAGAGACACAAGAAAAUUGAUGGUGACAAGGACGUUGUUGUUAAAGCCUGAUAUGUCACCAGACGAUCCGUUGGUGAAAGAGAUGCAGAGCAAGAUCCUGGCUACUGAUUUCCACGAGUCCCGUCCCUUCUUUUCGGACAAUGUUGAGCUGGAUCCAACUUUGACAAGGAAUAGUGGUCGACCACACGGUGCACCUCCCCGCACGCAGAAAUUCUCCUUCCCCGUCGAAGAAGGAACCCAUGUGCACUUACAACACAAACCUAUAUCCAUUGUGAACUUAGAGGCAAGGAAAAGGAGACAGGCCCAGGCGAAUUUCAUCAGACGCCUGGAAUCCCAAGCAGCCAAGGCUGCUAAGAUUGCCGAACUAAUGGAUGAGCUGCCUGAUGUGCCUGGAGUUCAGCGACUCAUGACACUUGCACGCCCCCCUGAAUUGGACCUUGAUGCUCAUCCGAACACGUCAAUUAUGCGUCCAUAUGUCCGAACAGGUACAUGUGUUCCUGGCAAGCAAAGGCUCAUCAUACAUCCCAAACGGGUAAUGAAACCAAUUUCCGCCAUCGGAGCGUAUGCCAUGUUAAUGAAUCCGGUGCAACAAUUUGAUCCAACCACUGGGACUUUCUCCACAGGGUCCUGCGCAGCCAAACGCAGAAGGGGAAGGCCAUUGCAGGAAAAACAGCUGGCUUUGAACAUUGAGAAAUCUGUCAAUGAACUAUCUAAGCUGGCUCAUGACGAACCAGAACCGGAAAUGCACCAGGCCGUUGAAGCCGAAGAUCUACGCUCGAGAUUUUAUCAAAAGACCAAAAAGAUUCUCAAAUGGGAGCUUAAUCACCCAACUCUGUUUGAAGCAAACCUUGAAGGCCAGCGGUUUAUCGACCAAACCAUCCAGUAUGGUUUCGAACCAGCGCCGGUCAAUGGCAAUAUUCGGUUUGAUAUUGACAUGCCCCCUCCGAAACAACCUGCAGUGGAACCGGAUUUGCCACCACGGCGUAGCGAGAUCCGUCGCCAGCGACAGGCUCUACCUCAGCCCCCUGCAACACCUAUUCCGAAACAGGAGACGCUCAAAAGGAUACUAAGACCAAGAAGGAAACGGCCUGCUCCCCCGGACCGCCGUCUGGCUAAACUUGAUGAUACUGCAACACCCGACAAAGAAGCACAGUCAGCGACCCCAGCGACCCCUAAACGUAUUCGCCGGCAGCGAUUCGUGCGCCCUAUCCCCGAGGACCUCAAACAAAAGCUCAUGCUUGCUCUUGUCAUCGUUCGCGUGCUUGCGGGUGGAGCAGAAUCAAGAGUGAUCGAUUGGGCUCUUGUGACGAAAGCUUUCCCAAAUCAUGACUCUUCUUUUAUCGAAGGGCGAGCGCGUCAGAUACUCAGCAAGAAUCGCUUGCAGAUUACUAAGAUGCAUCGAGAUUUCCAGGAGUGCUUCCUUGAGGCAUACGAGCGGGAUGAAGUCCCGCGCAUUGACUAUUCUGAUUUGGACAGCUAUGAUUGGCCUGCCCUGGUUGAGUGGGCAAGCACUAGGCUGGAUGUCUCUCCAUCCGAACGGGCUCCGGAUCUUCCAGCAACACGGGAGCAAUUCGAUAGUGUUUUCGAACUACGCGAAGAUGCUCUUACGGCAGGUGAUGAACUGUACCAGGCUGUACACGGUGUUACUAUCAGCCAUAAGCGCAACUUGAUGGCGCGCAAUCCAUUUGCUAUACCCGUGGAUGAUGCAACAUGCACCCAAUCGACCCCACGAAAGGUUCAUGCGGAACAACUUGAGGCUGCGAAGACAUGGGUCCGUGCAAACAUCAUCACCGCAGAAGAGACCUAUCGACCCAAUGAGUCGAGCGACAUCCUGCAACGCUUUGGCGAUCGGCUCAUCACCACUGCGACACAGACACUAAUCAACGACCGUGUCAUCAGCUCCACAACCCGCGGCCGCGUCAACCCUGGUCGCAACUACGAUAUCUCAGAAUAUUUCCUGCAGACACUGAGCCGCAAACGUGCUGUUGAAAGCUCCCAGCUGCGUCGUGCCGCUCAGUUCAAAUUAAAGACGCUAGAUCUCCAACUCCGAACUACUGGUUCAUCCGACGUCGAGUACGCCGCAGACGAUGGCGAUAUCCUUGCAUUGAUCAACCUCUACGCCUCGGGUGCUAUUCAGAUGCGACCUCGCGAUGCCCCCCGCGCCAAGUUCGGUCUCACCGAUGGCGGAUACGAAACUCGACAGAUGGACAAGAGACGCUUCCGUUUCCCUAUUGAGGUUACUCCUACCGCAACUUACCGCUAUGGUAAUCCAGUUCAAGGAAAAGCCGCAGCAACAAUUCUUCCACCCCCACCUCCAUCAUCAGGCGCGAAAAUUCCGCCCAAAAACCCCCUUUGGUACGAUAUCAAUGGAGAGUUCGUGCCUCGUCUCUGGGAUUUGGUGGUUGGCCCAGUCCUCGGAUGUCUGGUGAUGCGACCCGGUAUCAAGGCCGGUAACAUUGCUAACAUGAUCAAGCCCACCAUGGGCGCAUGGGAAACUGUGUUGAUGCUGCAAUGGAUGGAGGAAGUUGGCAUUGUCAAGGCUGAUGGCGAGGGAGAGAUGGCCUGCUGGAGACUACAGGAGUCUUGGUGGAUGAUUCUAUCUUGA